AUGGAGACGAAACGUAUUCGUGUUGGGGAGCAAUGUAUGCUGGACGAAGACAUGCACACAGAGUUCAAGAUGCACAUGAAGAACUCUCUGAGGGAGGUUCCAGCUCGAUGCCAGGCGUAUGAUCGAGGACGACCUGUACGUACGCUGCAGCCAACAAGCAAAACAAUCUCUGCCUUUCUGAACACAGAAGGCGGCACGAUCUACAUUGGUAUAGGUGACAGUGCUGUGAUCUAUGGAAUACGGCUUACCGCUCCUAUGAAAGACCAUUUUAUUCUCUCUCUAAAUCACUGUAUUUCACAGUUUAAUCCUCCAGUCCCACCAGAGCUUGUUCAAGUGCAGUUUGUUGAGCUUGAUGAAGUGGACGGUAACAAAAAGUCGCACGCCGCUCCUCCUGCUUCAUCUGACUCUUUCUUUGCCUCUGGCGAUCCUGGAGAUAGCAGUGACGAUAACAGCGAGGCUGAGUUUCAAAGAUUGCUCACCAAGGAAGGACCUCGCCACCAUUUUAUUGGACAAAUUACGUGCCCAUGCGAGUACACCGAACGUAUCCUUGAGUCAAAACUCUAUCUGGUAGUCGUAGAGGUGCGCAAAUCUCCUGACGGAACCAUCUAUCAGAAUGAAGAAGGGUUAGCAUACCGCCGCCGUUACGGGUCGAACCAGAUGAUGACCAUAAACGACGUCAACGUUUUCAUGCACACCGACCGCAUCAUAGACGACAACAUUUCACCAAACGAAGGUCUUCUCGUUAAGAUCGCGAGAUAUCUGCGCAUUUUGUGA